GAGGGACUCAGGCACCCAGGACGGUGAUCGAACAAGCCGGAGGAUGGGACGGCGCCCACAGCUGCGGCUGGUCAAGGCCCUCCUCCUCCUGGGGCUGAACUCUGUCUCCGCCUCCCUCCAGGACCAGCACUGCAAGAGCUUUUCACUGGCUGGCAACUUCUCUGGACUGCAGUGCAAUGCAUCUGUGGAUCUCAUUGGCACCUGCUGGCCCCAGAGCCCAGCGGGGCAGAUGGUGGCUCGACCCUGCCCUGCCUAUUUCUACGGUGUCCGCUACAACACCACAAAUAAUGGCUACCGCGAGUGCCUGGCCAAUGGCAGCUGGGCUGCCCGCGUGAACUACUCCGAGUGUCAGGAGAUUCUCAAUGAGGAGAAGAAGAGCAAGGUGCACUACCAUGUUGCUGUCAUCAUCAACUACCUGGGCCACUGCAUCUCCCUGGGGGCCCUCCUGGUGGCCUUUGUCCUCUUUCUGCGGCUCAGGAGCAUCCGGUGCCUGAGAAAUAUCAUCCACUGGAACCUCAUCUCAGCCUUCAUCCUCCGCAACGCCACGUGGUUCGUGGUCCAGCUCACCAUGAGCCCCGAAGUCCACCAGAGCAACGUGGCCUGGUGCAGGCUGGUGACAGCUGCCUACAACUACUUCCAUGUGACCAACUUCUUCUGGAUGCUCGGCGAGGGCUGCUACCUGCACACGGCCAUCGUUCUCACCUACUCCACCAACCGGCUGCGCAAGUGGAUGUUCAUCUGCAUCGGCUGGGGCGUGCCUUUCCCCAUCAUCGUGGCCUGGGCCAUUGGGAAGUUGUACUAUGACAAUGAGAAGUGCUGGUUUGGCAAAAAACCUGGAGUGUACACUGAUUACAUCUACCAAGGCCCCAUGAUCUUGGUCCUGCUGAUCAAUUUUAUCUUCCUUUUCAAUAUUGUCCGCAUACUCAUGACCAAACUUCGGGCAUCCACCACAUCUGAGACCAUUCAGUACAGGAAGGCGGUGAAGGCCACUCUGGUGCUGCUCCCCCUCCUGGGCAUUACAUACAUGCUGUUCUUCGUGAACCCCGGGGAGGACGAGGUCUCCCGGGUGGUGUUCAUCUACUUCAACUCCUUCCUAGAGUCCUUCCAGGGCUUCUUCGUGUCUGUGUUCUACUGUUUCCUCAACAGUGAGGUCUGCUCGGCCAUCCGGAAGAGGUGGCACCGGUGGCAGGACAAACACUCGCUCCGUGCCCGGGUGGCCCGCGCCAUGUCCAUCCCCACCUCCCCAACGCGGGUCAGCUUCCACAGCAUCAAGCAGAGCACGGCCCUCUGAGCUGGGA